GCGCGAGCGCGGCACGCACAGAGACAGAAGUGAGGAGGACAGCGCGAGCGCGGACGGAGACGAGCACAGGACCGGACGUACACCGGGAUUUUUUCAUCGAUGUAAUUUUUUUUCUCCUCAGUUUAAAGGAUCCGCACUAUUUCUGUUUUUUUUUUGGUGCUGACUGAUUUCUAUAUUUCUGUAAGUACGCAGGUGUGUUUUUUGGAGUUGAUACUACUCGCACGAGGGAGUGUAUCGUUUGACCAGAGAGACGCGUUUUCCUGUUUAUUCGGAAAUUUUUUUGGUCACCCCCUACAACCCCGUUCGGAUAUUUCUACCGAUCUUUGGAAGCCAGUGCCAUGCGGAUACUCGCGCGCUGCAAAUGAGAAACGGACGACGCGCUCGCGCCACAUGAGCGACGUGCCCUCGCCGUCUGGAGUCGCGCGGACACCGAGUCCCCCCGCCCCGGAGAGCAGCUGCCCCGCCGGCACCUCGCACCCCGACCGCAGCUUCGCUGUCGGCCUGAGCGGCGAUUCACGAGCACACGAUCGAGCUCCACGGCUCGCGCUCGCCUCGCUGCCCCUCGCGGAUCCGGUGCGUCACGCGAAGCGCCUUCCCGUACGGAUUCUCCAAAUGCUGAGCGCGCGCGCGGCUCACAUGCUCCACGCGGACUACCUGCAGCCGCUCAGCUCCGCGCCGCUCCCCAUCGAGCUGGAUGCUAAGAAGAGUCCACUAGCCCUCCUGGCUCAAACCUGCUCCCAGAUCGGCAAGCCAGAUCCCCCUUCGUCCUCCAAGAUAAGCUCACUCUCCUCGGGCAACUUGGGAGACAAAGAUGGUCGGUCAACCGGGUCGGGUAUUAAAUCGGCAGAGCAGCAGCAACAGCAGGGCCUGGAGGACAAGUCCAGCUUCAAGCCUUACUCCAAAAACAGUUCAGAAUGCCGGAAGGAUGGAGUCGUUCUAAGCGGAUCGGCCGACAAGCCCGGGUUCAGGACAUCUGGUGGGAGUUCGGCUACGACGACGUGUCCAUCGUUCCCUCCUCAUACCUCUUCUCCAAGGACCUGCUCGCCGUCCCAGCAUGCCCCGGGUCAGGCACAUGUACACCGCCAGACACAGUCUCCAUCCAUGCAGAAACCCCUCAGUGUAGACUCCAAAACCGGAAGUUCUGACUCAAGCACAGAGAGUAGCAGUGGCAGCGAUCGUGGCGGGAAAAAAGACUUGGAUAACAGCAGACUUGAUAAUGCCCAGAUAGCUAACUCUAGCCAGGCACGAGCGAGCGUCAACUCCAGCAGUGGUAGUGCCUCAAGUAGCCCUCGACCAGAAAGCAAGAACGAUUCCCAACCUCCACAGACAUCCUUAGCUAAUUCCAGCCAUGUUGCCCCAAUUUCACCAUUCAAACCUGGACACUCUGUGUUCCCCUUGCCUGCUUCUACCUUGGGAUACCAUGGCUCCAUAGUUGGUGCCUAUGCUGGCUAUCCUUCCCAGUUCAUCUCUGGGUUGGACCCUGCCAAGACUGGUUUAGUAGGUGCUGCUGGGAUCACAAAACACCCAAGUUCCAGUCCUUUAACGGGAACGUCUCCUCCAUCCUUUAUGCAAGGCUUGUGCCGGGACCCGUAUUGCCUCACUUACCCCAACACGCCCCACUUAGGGGGUAGCAACUGCAACACUUGUGUCCAUGAUCCAUCCUCGACUCUCAAGUCAGGAUUCCCAUUGAUGUACCCUUCUCCACACCUCCAUGCGCUCCAUCCAGGCUCUCUGUCCACGUCCGGUGCUUCCGGCUCCCUCUCCCACCCGCUCUACACCUAUGGAUUCAUGCUUCCUAGUGACUCUCUUCCUCAUGCCUGCAACUGGGUCUCUGUCAGCGGGCCCUGCGACAAGCGCUUUGCUACUUCAGAGGAACUUUUGGCGCACUUGCGCACUCAUACCUCCCUUCCUGGUGUGGAUGGAAAGCUGUUAUCUGCAUAUCCUUCCACUGCCUCUUCUUCUGCUGCUUCUUGCCACCUACACCUACCCCCUCCUAGCAGCCCCGGGGCUCUUCCAAGCUCCUUCUCGCUUCGAGGUUCUCCCGGACUUGGCCUGGCUCGCUACCAUCCUUACAGCAAACCCCAUUUGCCAGGAGCACCUUCCUUACCUAUGCACUCUCUCCCUGCAACAGCACCGUACUACUCACCCUACGCUCUCUACAGCCAGAGACUGGGCUCGGCAUCGGCACUCGGUUACCCUUGAUGGAAAGACCACAGGUGGAGGAUGAGCAAGAGGUCAAAACAAGGACAAGGACCAUCCAAAAAGGAGCUUUAAAUGGAUGGAGAUACCUCUGUAAACCAUGGAGGUGGGAAGCACAGGAACACAGAGAGAACCCUGAACCUAAUGGAACUUUAAUAUUAUUUGAUGAUCAAAGUUUUAUUUCAGUUUAUUAAUAAAAAAAAGUAUAUUUAUUUUUCUCUCGAGCGCUUGGCUUUGUACUUUGGGAAACAUUUACCGUCUAAAUGCAUUCGUUGUCACUUUGGUACAGGAACAAUAUUUUCAGAGAUCGAUAUCGCUCUUUCCACAAUACAUUUUUAUAACAAACACUCAUUUAUCUUUCAGUUGUCACUUUGAUUGUUUAUUUUUCCUUUUGCUUUCUCCAGUGCUCCAGCAAGCAUGACUUGCCUGACAGCCGGUUUCUUCUUGGAAAUUUGCCAUUUUUUUGUUCCUUUUUUUUUUGUACUUGUACAGUUCAAAAAAAAUAAAACACAAACAGACAGAUGUGAUAUAUUUUCUAUGGUGAGUGAUUGGGCGAGCUGGAGAGAGAGAGAUAGUUUACUGGUGGGUCGAAGGGAAACGGGGGGGGUAAUAAAUACAAACAAUUAAGAGUCCUAUGUAGAGAUGGUGGCGCUAUACACUUAACAGAAUGUCUUAUUUUGUGAAAUAAACAAUAACUUGA